AUGUCAAAAGAUACACCGACUUCCGCCACCAAAACAUAUGCGUUUUUGACAUCCGGCUCGCCUCGGACGGCAGAUGAGACGCAAUGGCAGUAUAAUAUGCGAAAACUCUUGACUAUCAAAAGUCUAGACGAUUUAAAAGCAGAAAGUGAGAAGUCCACCAUGACCAGAUGUUUGGGACCGUUUGAAUUAACAAUGCUUGGAAUUGGUGGAUCGGUAGGAGCAGGAAUUUUUGUGCUGACCGGCCAGGUAGCCGCACUUCACGCAGGCCCUGCUAUCGUUCUAUCAUAUUUUCUAUCUAGUUUGGUUGCCUUUUUUGCCGCACUAUGUUAUUCUGAACUUGCCUCAAUGAUUCCAAUCUCUGGCUCGGCUUACACUUACGCAUAUGCCACUAUGGGUGAACUGAUGGCUUGGAUAGUUGGCUGGACCCUAAUACUCGAAUAUCUCGUUUCGACCGCCGCCGUAGCCGUAGGAUGGUCCUCAUACUUUGUCCAUCUCUUUGAAGACGCUUUCUCUGUAUCCUUGAGUAACUCGACGACCAUGUCUCCGUUAAUGUUCGACGUUACGACCCAGUCAUUUCAGCUAGUUCCCGGAACAUACUUUAACGUACCGGCAUUCGCCGUGGUUGCAAUUCUUACUGUCGUGUUGGUCAUCGGAAUCAAGGAAUCGGCUCGGUUUAAUAACGUUAUGGUCGUGUUUAAAAUAUUGGUGAUUCUUUUGUUUGUUUUUGCCGCCGCACCCUCGGUAAAACCUGAAAACUAUAAGCCAUUUGUACCCAAGAACGAGGGAUCCUUUUCUGCUUAUGGUGCAUCGGGUAUCUUUGCUGGUGCAUCGAUCGUGUUUUUUGCUUACAUUGGAUUCGAUGCCAUCUCAACUGUUGCACAAGAGACAAAGAAUCCAGCAAGAGAUUUGCCAAUUGGGAUUUUGGGAAGUUUGGGUGCGUGCACUGUAUUAUAUGUGGCUGUAUGCUUGGUAAUGACUGGAGUAGUAAAUUAUACCCAAUUAAACUCAGCAGCACCAAUAGCCGUAGCCAUACAAGCAACUGGAAUGCGAUGGCUUACGGUUAUAAUUGACCUCGGUGCACUUGCUGGUCUUACAUCAGUGAUACUCAUUUCGCUUAUGUCUCAACCACCCUCCAAAAUUCACCCACGCUUUAAAACACCUUACGUUACCACGAUAAUAACCGGAGUUGUUGCAGCGAUUGGUUCGGCGAUUCUGCCCAUAGACGUUCUUGCCGAUCUCACUUCUGUUGGCACACUUUUUGCUUUCUUCCUAGUAAAUAUCGGUGUACUAAUCCUCCGUAUUAAGGCUCCUCACAUACCUCGAGGAUUCCGUGCCCCUGGCGGGACGUAUUUUGUGCCGGUUGUUGGGUCCAUAAUGAAUCUUUUAUUGAUAGCUACUUGUCCCCGUAGUAGUAUUGAGCGCCUGUUUAUUUGGAUGGCGAUUGGAUUAGUUAUCUAUGGCCUCUACGGAAGGAAGUAUUCCAAAGCUAAUAAUAAUAGUAACAGUAAUGAAAAAGCGAUUGAACUGUUUGAGCAGCAAAAGAAUGAGGACGAUGUUGUGAGCGUUUGA